UAAAAAAACAAGGGUACACGUAUCCCUUGUCUAUGUAAAUCUAAUAAAAAAAUAAAUAGAUUUAUGAUAUAUUUAUUAUCUCAGGAAAUAUCGCAAUGGGUAAAUCCUCGCCAGACACCCUGUAUAUGCAGUUAGCCAAGUGUACGCAUAUUUUAUUUCCGAGCACGAAAUGCAUAAAAUACACGAGAUCGAACAAUAUAAGCACCGUCGUUAGAUUUCUGGUUCCCGGAAUAAUCUAGGUACUAGAAGAAGAAGAUGMAUUUUCUCACGAAACAAGUCUCAUGUAUAGUCAAGUUGAAAGAAUGUGGUAGUAUUUCAAGUAACAUACAUAUUGUUAUUAUUAUAUCUAAAUAAAACUACUUGAAAUUGUUGUAUAAUAGACGUACGAAUACAGUAUACUUGAGAUGGUGGUUCAAUAGAACAAAAAACMUCUGGAUCUGGUAUAUUCAUUUCAAUUCCAAGCAUUGCAAUUCCUACAUCUCAAGUAUUAUUUAUUUCGACAACUUUGUUAAAGCAUUCUUUAUCACUAGAUACUAGAAAGUAAAUCUUAAAAAACAAUAUUUUUAAAACAUAACAAACAAUCAUAUAAAAUAUAUAACUUAAAUUAAUAAAAAUAAGUUCCUAAAAUAUAAAUUAUAUUAAACAUUACUAUUGGUCUAGUAACAGCAACAAUGAUUGCAGAUUGUACACCAUUAUUCGCCAUUUUAUAGUCAUCGGUGUGGAAAUACGGACUAAGAUAUCUGAUAAUAUACUAGAUUACUAGAAACUACAUAGUAUAUACUAAAUAGUAAUUGUACUUAAGGUAUUAAGUAGUAUAAURUGAUUAAAAUCUUAGAACCGACUAACCUAGUCUUAAUCCGUGAAUGAAAAGCACCUCCUCUACAUCAUGCAAAUAACGAAAUGAUAUUUGGUUGAUAACAAAUAAAUUGAUAACGACGGUACUACCACAGUACAAUGGUUCUACGGACCACAGAACAAUUUACAAUGGUUCUACGGCAGUCUGAUCUAAUCCACUGAAGAGUGUGGACUGUGGAUGUGAAUUGUGGACACCGGAUAGAUUCAUCGUAAGUCAUAAACCACAAUUCAUUAUAAUAUACCAUUUUAGCCAUGAACCGUGUGCCGCGGCCCGUGACUCGUGAGUCGUGAGUGAUAAGUCAGGAAUCAGUAGGUGUCAGGUGAUAUUCACAUCGUCAAGCAACACGUGGUCGAACUACACACAUUUUUUGCCCGCCAAAUCGACCGCGAUAAUGUAUUACCUAGCUCUGAUCUAUAUACCGUACGCUAUUCUAGUCAAUAUUUUUGCGUCGUACGUGUUCGCUGACUACUGGUUGAACGUGAUUUUAGACAAGUAUGUGGGAGGAGAGGACGUCAAAACCCGAUAUUUCGAUCACAUCGUCGUGGGCGGAGGAACAGCAGGUAUUGCUGUAGCUUCACGUUUAGCAGAAAAUGAAGCACAUACGGUUUUAUUAAUAGAAGCUGGACCUAAAGUAUCAUUAUUGCACGAUAUACCUCUUGCCACACCAAUGUUCCAGAAGUCACCAAUUGAUUGGAAACACCAAACAGAGUCACAAUUGGACGCAUGUCUCGCAAUGAAAAAAAAUUCUAGCCAAUGGCCUGCAGGAAAAGUCUUGGGGGGCAGUAGUCGUAUAAAUUUCAAUAUUCAUGUAAGAGGGCAUAUUUCUACUGAUUAUUUAUCGUGGCAAUCUGAACAAGAUUGGACCAAAGAGGAUGUUCUUUACUACUUCAAUAAAUAUGAAAAAGCUGAUACAUAUAAUAGAUCACCCAACAAAAAACAAUUCUUCAGUCAUCAGCCAACACAUGUGACACCAUUUGCGACAGCUAUACUUGAGGCGGCCAAUGAGUUGGACUUCAAUACUUCAUUUGAUAUGAACAACAAUGGUUUUCAUAUUUCCAGGCGAGAUGGUGGUGGUGGUGGUAGUUUCUCAUUGACACCAGUGUCAAUAAGAAAAGGAGCAAGAUUAAGUGCUGAACACCUAUACUUAAAAUCAAAAAAAAAAAAAAACUUAACUGUGCUCACUAACGCUCUAGUUACAAAGGUGCUGUUUAAACAUAAUUACGAAGCAAAUGGAGUUAUUUUCAACAGAUUUGACCUAGCUUAUAAAGUUUAUGCAUUUAAGUCGGUAGUCAUAUCUGCAGGAACAUUGAAUACAGCAAAAAUACUUUUAUCAAGUGGUAUUGGACCAGCAUACCAACUUAAAGCAUUAAAAAUUCCUGUAAUUGCGGAUUUAGCAGUGGGAGAAAAUUUACAAGACCACAUUAUUACUGGAUUGGAUAUGAUAACUUUAGAAAAAUCAUUGGAUUUAACUUUUAAAGAUUUUAUAUCGCCAAUUAAUAUUUAUAAAUACUUUUUCAAAGGAACUGGCACAUGGACACAUCCAGGAUGUGAAGCCGUUGGUUUAUUACAACUACCUUCAGAUAACAAAAACUAUUCUGUGUCACAUCCUGAUUUGCAAUUUAUGCUUUUACCAUAUGGGGUAUCAUCUGAUGCAGGUGCAGCAUACUUCAACCACUUGAAUUUUAAAAAUGAAAUUUGGAAUGAAUAUUUUCAACCUCUAGUAGGAAGACAGGUCAUUUCAUUAGCACCAGUGCUAUUGCAUCCUCAAAGCAGGGGAUAUGUGAAGUUGGACAUUAAUCGUGAAAUUGUYGUUCAACCAAAUUAUUUACAAAAAUCACAUGAUGUCAAUGUGUUAGUUCAAGGAAUGAAAUUGGUGAAAAAAUUUGCAGAAACUAAAACAUUAUCAAAGCUUGGUGCUAUGUUUAACACAAAACAUUUUCCUGGUUGUGAAAAAUAUAAGUUUGGAUCGAACCAUUAUUGGGAAUGUUACAUUAGACAUAUGACGUUAACUUCUUAUCAUCCAGUGGGUACAUGUAAAAUGGGAAAUAUCCAUGAUAAAAGUGUAGUGGAUUAUUCAUUAAGAGUGCAUAAAUUAAAUAAAUUGUAUGUAAUUGAUGCAUCAAUUAUGCCUUCCAUGCCAAGUGGGAAUAUAAACUCUGUUGUUGCAAUGAUAGCUGAGAAAGGAGCUGAUCUCAUAAAAAUGCAUUGUUUUCAAAGAACUCAAAAAUGUAAAAUCACAGACUUCUUAUAUUAUGGUAAUAAGUAUUAA